AUGAAGAAGAUUAAACAACAACAAUCAAAGUUCAACACUGCAGUAUUCAACGAUAAUUUUCUAUUAAUUUUCACUUUUUGCAAUUCAAUGUCCGAAGCGCAGAGAAUUGCAAAUGACUUAUGCGUCAAUUUUAUAAGAAUGUUUCUGAUGAAAAAGAGGAAACAAAAAGCUUUUGAUAUCUAA